CCUUCCCUUUUUCAGCAAGGACUUGGCCGAAUUGAUGAUGAGUCUUCUGAGGAGGUUUAUUAAAGGAGAAUUCCUUCACAACCUCACUCCACUGCAGCUCACCAGGCUGGAGGUGACGGAUAAGGACAUACAGCUCAGCCCGCAAAAAAUCAACAUUGGCCUAGGUGCCGAGUCCGCCCUCAAGAGUGUGAAAGAUGCAGAGCUGAGGAUCCUAGAAUUCAAGAGGGAGUGCAUUCAGGCUCUUUGCAACAUAGUCCAGAAAGUGCAGGACAAGAGCCCACUGAAAUACCGGACGGUCAGGCAGAUGGUGUGCUUGGAUCCUUUAAGGAUGUUUAGGCACCCAGAUCAGAGCAGGGAGGAAAUGAAAGGGCUCGUUCAGAGAUUUCUUGAAGACAAGCAGCUGCCUGACCCUUCUGCUGGAGAUAUCAUACUUCAACAGUUUGACUGUGUAUUGUCCACGGAGAGCCGUAGUGAGGACUUCCUGGCGUUUACACCCAUGAAGCAGAGGCUGGAUGUCUUUCUCAGCCGUGCGAUGGAACCAUAUGCAGAACUGUGGGGAUUUUGCAGAAAGCUUCUUGUCCUCUCUCAUGGCCAAGCCACCGUUGAGCGGGGAUUCUCUGUGAACAAAGAGGUGGAGUCGGACAACCUGCACCAGGACACAGUGGUGACAAGGAGGCUGGUGUGUGAUUACAUUUCUGAGCACGGAGGUGUUACACAGGUUCCACUCAGUAAGCAGCUCCUGGACCAUGUGGCAAAAGCACGAACCAGAUACCGUUUCCACCUGGAGGAGCAGCGAAAGGAGAGGGAGGCGAAAGAUGCAGAAAGGAAGCAGAAAGAGGCAGAGGACAAUUUGCAGGAAUUAAAAUUGAAGAGGAGACAGGUACAGGAGGUGUGUGAUGGUUUAGCAAGGGAUGCUGACAGGCUGGCUGAGGAGGCAGAGGCGAAGUCAGGGAGCAAGAUGGCCACUUUGAUUGCCAGGUCCAACAUAAUGCGAAGAGGAUACAAAGAGAAGUUGGCAGAACUGGCUAUGCUUGAUAAGUCGAUCACUGCCAAGAGUGCAGAACUUAGAAAUUGACUGCAUUCAGGCUCAUAAGAUUUGAGAUUGUUCAUUAAAAAUAUCAGUAUGUUACUGUGAAUGAACAAGUUUAAGUGCAAUUAUGGUUCUCACCUAAAAUGUUUUUUUUUAACUUGAAG